AUAAUACGGAAGUGAAUUAUAUACAAAAUACUAGGCUUUUUGCGGGAACAAAUUGAAGUGUUAUUUCCUUGCAUGUUUACAUUGUGCAUUUACACAGGCCGAAACGGAUUUUGCGGUUAAAAUACAAACCAUUAGUUUGUUGUCUUGUUUGCUUGCGUGCCAGUCGUGUUGUGUGGAGAUGUGCACCCAAACGAAAGCGGCUGUCCGCAUGGUAAACAUCCCGCAGGCAGACAUCGACCCGUCCGGCGUUUUUAAGUACGUGCUCAUCAGAGUGCACAGCAGAGAGGUAAACGACGAUACCGAAGUCGAUAUAGUCCGUGGGUACAGCUGGGCUGAGUUCCACGCGGAUAUCUACGACAAGGUUUCUCAAGAGCUCGAGAAGGAUGGACUCCUGGACUGCGAGUGUAUCGGCGGUGGUAGAAUCAGACAUGACGCCCAGGCUAAGAAGAUCCAUGUUUACGGCUACUCUAUGGGGUUCGGAAGAGCAAACCACGCAAUAACCACUGAGAAACUGAAGGUUCGGUAUCCAGACUACGAAGUGACCUGGGAUAACGAAGGAUACUGAAAAAUAUGAUAAACGUUAAUGCCAAUAUUACCGAUUAAUAAAAUGAAGUCACUUCUCACA